CGUUAGAGCAGAUUCAAGAGUCGAAGAGAGAGGAGAGGGAAAGGAGAAAUCCGUGAAAGAAGAGGCGAUGGGAACAAGCGUGUGGUGGGCAUGUGUGGCAUCGGUGUUAUUGGUAGCGGUUUGGGCGUGGAGAGGCUUGAACUGGGUUUGGCUGAAGCCGAAGAGGUUGGAGAAACGUUUGAGGGGACAGGGCUUUUCCGGCAACUCUUACAGAGUUUUGGUCGGAGAUCUUUGGCAGAGCAGCUUGAUGGACCGAGAAUCUCACUCCACUCCUCUCCAUCUCGACGCGGAUAUCGCUUCUCGUUUGAUGCCUUUCUUUCAUCACACUGUCCAAAAAUACGGGAAGAAGUGCUUCACAUGGUUUGGACCGUUCCCGAACGUGAUCAUAAUGGACCCCGAAAUUCUACGAGAGAUAUUCUCCCGACACGAACUGUGGCCGAAGCCAACGUUCAUGUCUCACGCCGAGGUGCUCGUGAGCGGUCUCGUGCUUCUCGAAGGCCAGGAAUGGUCCAAACACCGGAAGUUCCUCAAUCCUACUUUCCGUACCGAAAGCUUGAAGAAUCUGUUUCGAGGUUUCUACUGGAGUUGCGUCGAGAUGUUAGAAGAAUGGGAGAGAUUGGCGUCGGCCAACGGGUCGGUAGAGCUUGAUUCUUGGUCGUACUGCCUCGAGCUGUCGAAAAACAUGUUGGCUCGAGCUGUUUUUGGCGACACUUACAAAGAUGGAGCCAAGAUUUUCGAGAUUCAACAGGAACAUAUCGAUCUCGGUCUUCAAGUUCUUCGAUCCAUCUACAUUCCUGGAUACAGAUAUUUACCGACCAAGUUCAACAAGAGGUUGAAAGACACUGGAAGGGAGGUAAAGUCAAUGCUGAAGGCUAUGAUCAAGACGAAAGAGAUGGCGAUAGAUGCAGCAGACAAGAUCCACGACAUGGACUUGCUGUCUUCGAUGUUGGUUUCGAAUUCUAAGUUGAUCAAAGAUCAAGGACCAGCCGCGGGAUUGACGCUUGAUGACAUAGUCGGCAAUGUCGAGCAGUUCUACGAGGCAGGUCAGAGUGCAACUUCUUCUUUGUUCGUCUGGACAUUGGUUAUGCUUUGCAGACAUCAGGACUGGCAAGACAGAGCAAGGGACGAGGUUCUUCGGGUGUUCGGUAAGAAUGAGCCGGAUUUCGACGGUUUAAGCCACCUGAAAAUCGUAACGAUGAUCCUUAACGAAGUUCUGAGGCUGUAUCCACCGGCUUACUUUACAUCCCGAAUGACUAAACAAGAAAUGAAACUGGAGAAGUUCACUCUACCCGAGGGAAUCGUGGUCACAAUACCGAUGAUUCUGGUUCAUCACGAUACCGAUCUCUGGGGGAAAGACGCAAAAGAGUUCAAGCCCGAGAGGUUUGCGAAUGGGGUAGCGGCUGCAACCAACGGAAAGCUCAUCUUCUUUCCAUUCGGGUCAGGCCCUCGUGUUUGUAUCGGUCAGAACUUCUCCAUGGUUGAAGCCAAGCUCUUCCUGGUCACUCUUCUUCGGCGGUUCAGGCUGGAGAUCUCUCCUGCAUAUACUCACGCACCAUUUCCAGUUAUCACUACACUUCCUCAACACGGAGCUCAUAUAAUCAUCCGUAAACUCGAGGGAGUAUAAGGGCGAAACGGUUAAAAAAAACGUCUUCGUUCAUGCUUCUGAAAAGCUUGUAAUGGAGUUUAUCUUUCUCUAUGAUCUAUCUCGUGUCCGUUCCAUUCGGGACAUGAAGGAAUAAACAAGGUUGUAAUCAAUAUAACCGAACCUGGUUUCACGUUCA